ACUUGGAUUGACAUAGAGAGCUGCGGGAGGGUGACAUGAUCUCAAUAAAAGGAAUGCUCUGGCUGCUGGGUAGAGAAGAGAGUGAGGGUGAGGGAUUAAUGGUGGAGCUAGAGGGAGCCCAGUGAGUGCCGGGAGCCCAGGGUGGCAGAGCUGUGGUGCAGGGUUGCAGGGUCCUGGAGCUAGGGAUGGAGGCUGUUUUCGGGCAAGUGGCCUGGUCGGCCUGUCCUCGGAGAGGCGGUGAAAGCAGAGACUGGAAGGCAGAGAGCCUUGCCGACCUGUGGCCGAAGAGAGCUCUCUGGGAGACAGCCACCGGUGGUGCAAAGGUCCUGGGGUCGGCCCAGCUGGGCCGCAGCUCCAGGAGGCGGCGCGAGAGAGCAGUGGGCCGGGCGGUGGCGGCCGGCGCCCGAGUCGGAGCCCGGCGAUUGCCUUACAAGACAUGCUGCUGCUGAAGAAACACACGGAGGACAUCAGCAGCGUCUAUGAGAUCCGCGAGAGGCUCGGCUCGGGUGCCUUCUCCGAGGUGGUGCUGGCCCAGGAGCGGGGCUCCGCACACCUCGUGGCCCUCAAGUGCAUCCCCAAGAAGGCCCUCCGGGGCAAGGAGGCUCUGGUGGAGAACGAGAUCGCAGUGCUCCGAAGGAUCAGCCACCCCAACAUUGUCGCUCUGGAGGAUGUCCACGAGAGCCCUUCCCACCUCUACCUGGCCAUGGAACUGGUGACGGGUGGCGAGCUGUUUGAUCGCAUCAUGGAGCGCGGCUCCUACACAGAGAAGGAUGCCAGCCAUCUGGUGGGUCAGGUCCUCGGCGCCGUCUCCUACCUGCACAGCCUGGGGAUCGUGCACCGGGACCUCAAGCCCGAAAACCUCCUGUAUGCCACGCCCUUUGAGGACUCAAAGAUCAUGGUCUCUGACUUUGGACUCUCCAAAAUCCAGGCUGGCAACAUGCUAGGCACCGCCUGUGGGACCCCCGGAUAUGUGGCCCCAGAGCUCUUGGAGCAGAAACCCUACGGGAAGGCCGUAGAUGUGUGGGCACUGGGCGUCAUCUCCUACAUCCUGCUGUGUGGGUAUCCCCCCUUCUACGACGAGAGCGACCCUGAACUCUUCAACCAGAUCCUGAGGGCCAGCUAUGAGUUUGACUCUCCUUUCUGGGAUGACAUCUCAGAAUCAGCCAAAGACUUCAUCCGGCACCUUCUGGAGCGAGACCCCCAGAAGAGGUUCACCUGCCAACAGGCCUUGCAGCAUCUUUGGAUCUCUGGGGACACAGCCUUCGACAGGGACAUCUUAGGCUCUGUCAGUGAGCAGAUCCAGAAGAACUUUGCUCGGAUGCACUGGAAGCGAGCCUUCAAUGCCACCUCAUUCCUGCGCCACAUCCGGAAGCUGGGGCAGAGCCCAGAGGCCGAGGGGGCCUCUGAGCAGGGCCUGGCCCGGCACAGCCACUCAGGCCUCCAUGCUGGCCAGCCCCCCAAGUGGUGAUCCCCAGGCAGAUACCAAGGCCAAGUGGACUGACCCCCAGAUUUCCUUCCCUUGGAUGCUUUUGGUCCCCUCCCCCAACCCUUCACCCCUGGGGCUGGCCUCUGCUGGAGUUUGAGAUUCGAGGGUGUGGCGCAUGGUGCUGGGGUUGGAAUGGAGCACCCCCAAGUCUGUCCCCAGGCUCUGCCCUGCCUGGGGGCAGUGGAUCCCCUCCCCUGUUGCCUCUCCCGCCCCUGCCCCCCACCCCACCAAAAGCCGAGGAGGUACUGGCAGGCGGGCCUCAGGGGCUGUCUUUCCUGCACGGCUGUUCUGUGCUUCGCUGAGUGUGGGUGGUCCUGCUUGUGUCAUGGUCAUGGCCUUCCAGCCCCCUCCAGUUUUCCCCAAACCAAUAAAGAAAGAUACAGCAA